ACCAGCAGCACGGAACGGUGCGUCGACAUCGGACCACUACAUCGCCCAUCUGCUCAACUACACUGCGCUGCCGAUCUUUCCGGGAGGUGAGUGGCGGCCUCGACCACGGUGCUAGACGGGUCUGCGCACGGACGCCGCAUCUGAUGGCACAACGGUGGCGCUGCGGUCGCUUCGUAGUGUACUACAAAACAUGGAAUCCUGCCUGGGCUCGUCGUAGGGCCCGGUGGCACAGCAGUACGUGCAGAGUGAACCCAUGCUUGACCUCGUGCAGGCACAAAAGGGAAAGUACAAGCCGUAGAAAACUACUGAUAAUGUCCUCAACUGCACUGCCAAAACCGCGACGCAGGGCUCAAUACUACGGGGCAUUGGAAUUUCUGGUGAUGGUAAUCCUCUCUACCACAAUCUUAGUGGUUUCCUCAUGUAGCAUAGACUGCCCACACGACGACAAGCCUAGAUCAGUAUGCGCAGACGACAGAUCCACCUACCGAUGCAACUGCACAUGUGUCCCACAGGGAUGGACCUGUCCGCCACUGGAAAGCCAACUCAUGGUUUGCGGCGGCGGAAAAAAACCUAAUUGCUCUGAUCCUUGGACUCUUCUGGGAGAAACACCUACAUGCCACUGCUUUUGCCGUUGAUCGCCCUCACGAACGACAAAAACGGACUAAGCGCCGAUUUCUCAAGCGGUGCAUUCUUUUGCACAUGUCCGAGUUGCACCGCCACGCUCAGCAAAGCCUGCUUUCCAGGAGGCGAAUGGUACUUUCGAUAGAAGGCUCGUCCUAAUGCACCCUCUUCUUUUUUUAUUUUUUUUUAUUUAUUGAUACUGCAAUCAUAGUUUGAGGAUUCUGGCAGUAGGGUACAAAUGUUGAAAAUAUCAUAAAAAUAUGAUUUGAUAUAUGCUUCUCAAUAAAAAAAAACCUGCAAAAUACAUGCAUGCACGAA